CCCAGAGACUGUCCCAGUGAGCUGUUGAGCGUGGCUGCUUCCAAGCUUCCAUUCAUUUGCAUUUGUCCUUCCGACAUACAUUCAAACGGUCGUUUAUUUAGUCAUCCUGGUACAUUCAAAGUUCUUCAUAGCAGCAGCAGAGCAACGCUUCUACUUGAAAGUGUGAAUCUGGGUAAGGAACUUCCUGUAUCAAGUAAAUACAUAUAAAAAAAGACCUCUCUACCUGCAGUAAAUCUGGACCAGUGAGACCGAGGGAGCAGUGCCUCGCGUUUCCCAGUUGAGCGCCAGCCAUGAGCACGGACGCAGAGAUGGCCGUGUACGGGGAGGCGGCUGUGUACCUCCGCAAGCCGGAGAGAGAGAGGAUCGAGGCCCAGAACCGGCCCUUCGACGCCAAGACGGCCUGCUACGCGGCGGACGCCAGGGAGCUGUACGUUAAGGGAAACAUCCAGAAGAAAGAGGGAGGGAAGGUCACUGUGAAGACUGCUGCUGGCAUAGUCGUGUCAGUGAAGGACGACGACGUCUUCGCCAUGAACCCUCCCAAGUUUGACAAGAUUGAGGACAUGGCCAUGAUGACCCACCUCAACGAGGCCACCGUGCUGUACAACCUGAAAGAGCGCUACGCAGCCUGGAUGAUCUAUACGUAUUCCGGGCUGUUCUGUGUGACAGUCAAUCCCUACAAGUGGCUCCCAGUGUACAGCCAGAAAGUAGUGGUGGCCUAUAGGGGGAAGAAACGCAUGGAGGCUCCGCCCCACAUCUUCUCCAUCUCUGACAACGCCUAUCAGUUCAUGCUCACUGACAGAGAGAACCAGUCUGUCCUCAUCACUGGAGAAUCCGGUGCAGGAAAGACUGUCAACACCAAGCGUGUCAUCCAGUACUUUGCGACAAUCGCAGUGGCUGGUAGCGACAAGAAGAAGGAAGCGUCCGCGAGCGGUAAAAUGCAGGGGUCGUUGGAAGAUCAAAUCAUAGCAGCGAACCCUUUGCUAGAAGCUUAUGGCAAUGCCAAAACUGUGAGAAAUGACAAUUCCUCACGCUUCGGUAAAUUCAUCCGGAUUCACUUUGGGACCACAGGAAAACUAGCGUCGGCUGAUAUUGAGACAUACCUGCUGGAGAAGUCCAGGGUGACUUUCCAGCUUGCUGAUGAGAGAAGUUACCACAUCUUCUACCAAAUCAUGACCAACCACAAACCAGAGCUGAUAGGGAUGUUGCUCAUCACCACCAACCCCUACGACUUCCCCAUGAUCAGCCAGGGGCAGAUUACCGUUGCCAGCAUUGAUGACAAAGAUGAACUGAUGGCGACAGAUACUGCUAUUGAUAUCCUGGGCUUCUCUCUGGAUGAGAAGCUGGGCAUCUACAAGCUGACAGGUGCAGUGAUGCAUCAUGGGAACAUGAAGUUCAAGCAGAAGCAGCGCGAGGAGCAGGCGGAGCCUGACGGCACAGAGGUGGCUGACAAAGUGGCCUACCUUCUGGGCCUCAACUCUGCAGACGUGCUCAAAGCCCUCUGCUACCCCAGGGUGAAGGUGGGAAACGAGUACGUCACCAAGGGACAGACUGUCCAACAGGUCCACAAUUCAGUUAUGGCCCUGGCCAAGUCCAUCUAUGAGAAGAUGUUUCUCUGGAUGGUGCUCCGCAUCAACCAGAUGUUGGACACCAAGCAGCCGAGACAGUUCUUCAUCGGAGUGUUAGAUAUUGCUGGUUUUGAGAUCUUUGACUACAACAGUCUGGAGCAGCUGUGCAUCAACUUCACCAAUGAGAAACUGCAACAGUUCUUCAACCACCACAUGUUUGUCCUGGAGCAAGAGGAGUACAAGAAAGAGGGGAUCGAGUGGGAGUUCAUAGACUUUGGGAUGGACUUGGCAGCCUGUAUUGAGCUUAUUGAGAAGCCAAUGGGCAUCUUCUCCAUCCUUGAAGAGGAGUGCAUGUUCCCAAAGGCGUCCGACACCACCUUUAAGAACAAGCUGUACGAUCAGCACCUGGGCAAAACGGACUGCUUCCAGAAGCCCAAGCCUGUCAAAGGCAAGGCCGAGGCCCACUUCUCCCUGGUGCACUACGCUGGAACAGUGGACUACACCAUCACAGGCUGGCUGGACAAGAACAAGGAUCCUCUGAACGAGUCGGUGGUGCAGCUGUAUCAGAAGGCUGCUGUGAAACUGCUGUCUCUCCUGUACGCGAGCUUCUCCACUACUGAAGACACCAGUAAGAGAGGAGCCAAGAAGAAAGGAGGCUCUUUUCAAACCGUCUCAGCAUUGUUCAGGGAGAACCUGGGCAAGCUGAUGACCAACCUGAGGAGCACCCAUCCUCACUUUGUUCGCUGCCUGAUUCCCAACGAGUCUAAGACUCCAGGUUUGAUGGAGAACCCACUGGUUAUCCACCAGUUGAGGUGUAACGGAGUGCUGGAAGGUAUCAGGAUCUGCAGGAAGGGCUUCCCCAGUAGAAUACUUUAUGGAGACUUCAAGCAGAGGUACAAAGUACUGAAUGCCAGUGUCAUCCCUGAGGGCCAGUUCAUCGACAACAAGAAAGCCGCUGAGAAGCUCCUGGGGUCUAUUGAUGUGGACCACACCCAGUACAAGUUUGGCCACACCAAGGUGUUCUUCAAGGCUGGACUGCUCGGCGCCCUGGAGGAGAUGAGGGAUGAGAAGCUGGCAGCUUUGGUCACAAUGACUCAAGCCGUCUGCCGAGGCUUCGUCAUGAGGCAGGAGUUCAAGCAGAUGACGGAGAGGAGAGAGUCCAUCUACGUAGUCCAGUACAACAUCCGUUCAUUCAUGAACGUGAAACACUGGCCAUGGAUGAAGCUGUACUUCAAGAUCAAGCCGCUCUUGAGGAGCGCCGAGACAGAGAAGGAAAUGGCCACCAUGAAGGAAGAGUUCUCCAAGUGCAAGGAGAGCCUAGCCAAAGCCGAAUCCAAGAAGAAGGAGCUGGAGGAAAAAAUGGUAUCUCUGUUACAGGAGAAGAAUGACCUUCAACUACAAGUGGCAGCUGAAAGUGAAAGCUUGUCCGAUGCGGAGGAUCGAUGUGAGGGUCUGAUCAAGAGCAAGAUCCAGCUGGAGGCCAAGGCUAAAGAGCUGAGCGAGAGGCUGGAGGACGAGGAGGAGGUGAACGCUGAGCUGACCUCCAAGAAGAGGAAGCUGGAGGACGAGUGCUCCGAGCUGAAGAGGGACAUCGAUGACCUGGAGCUCACCCUGGCCAAGGUGGAGAAGGAGAAGCAUGCCACGGAAAACAAGGUGAAAAACCUGACAGAGGAAAUGUCGUCCCUGGAUGAAAGCAUUGUUAAAGUCAGCAAGGAGAAGAAAGCCCUCCAAGAGGCUCACCAGCAAACGCUGGACGAUCUGCAGGCAGAAGAAGACAAAGUCAACGUUCUGACCAAAGCCAAGACCAAGCUGGAACAGCAGGUGGAUGACCUAGAGGGCUCCCUUGAGCAAGAGAAGAAACACAGCAUGGACCUGGAGAGAGCCAGGAAGAAGUUGGAGGGAGAUCUGAAGCUGGCCCAGGAAUCCAUCAUGGAUCUGGAGAACGACAAACUGCAGACAGACGAGAAGCUGAAGAAGAAAGACUUUGAAAUCUGCCACCUUCUCGGGAGAAUUGAAGAUGAACAAGCUCUUGGUGCUCAAGGGCAAAAGAAGCUCAAAGAGUAUCAAGCCCGAAUAGAGGAGCUGGAGGAGGAGAUCGAGUCUGAGCGUGCUGCCAGGGCCAAGGUGGAGAAGCAGAGGGCGGAUCUCUCCAGGGAACUCGAGGAGAUCAGCGAGAGGCUGGAGGAGGCCGGAGGAGCCACCUCGGUCCAGAUCGAGAUGAACAAGAAGCGCGAGGCCGAGUUUCAGAAACUGAGACGGGACCUGGAGGAGUCCACCCUGCACCACGAGGCCACCACCGCCACCCUGCGCAAGAAACACGCUGACAGCAUGGCGGAGCUGGGAGAGCACGUCGACAACCUCCAACGAGUCAAACAGAAGCUGGAGAAGGAGAAGAGUGAAUACAAGAUGGAGGUGGACGACCUGGCUGGCAACAUGGAGACAAUGGCCAAAACCAAGGCUAACCUCGAGAAGAUGUGUCGGAGUCUUGAAGAUCAGCUCAGUGAGGUGAAGACAAAAAGUGACGACGGUCUUCGCCACGUCAACGACAUCACUGUCCAGAAAGCAAGGUUGCAGACUGAGAACGGUGAGCUGUCUAGGCAGCUGGAGGAGAGAGAAUCUCUUGUGUCUCAACUGACUAGAAACAAACAGGCUUCUACUCAGCAGAAUGAGGAACUGAAGAGGCUUGUUGAAGAGGAGGUUAAGGCUAAGAACGCCCUGGCCCACGCUCUGCAGUCGUCUCGUCACGACUGCGAGCUGCUGAGGGAGCAGUUUGAGGAGGAGCAGGAAGCCAAGGCAGAGCUGCAGAGAAGCAUGUCCAAGGCCAACGGAGAGGUGGCCCAGUGGAGGACCAAGUACGAGACGGACGCCAUCCAGAGGACCGACGAACUGGAGGAGGCCAAGAAGAAGCUGGCCCAGCGACUGCAGGACGUGGAGGAGCUGAUGGAGGGAGCGAACGCUAAGUGUGCCUCCCUGGAGAAGAGCAAGCAGAGGCUGCAGGGGGAGGUGGAGGACCUGGGGAUGGAUCUGGAGAAAUCCAACGCAUGGGCCGCCAACCUGGACAAGAAGCAGCGAAACUUUGACAAGGUUCUGGCCGAAUGGCGGCAGAAGUAUGAGGAGAGUCAAGCUGAACUGGAAGGUUCUCAGAAGGAUUCUCGCUCCCUCGGCACUGAGCUCUUCAAAAUCAAGAACUCCUACGAGGAAGCCCUGGACCAACUGGAGACCCUGAAACGAGAGAACAAGAUCCUGCAACAGGAGAUCAUGGACCUAAGCGAACAGAUUGGUGAGACCGGGAAGAGCAUGCACGAGGUGGAGAAAGCCAAGAAGACAGUGGAGACGGAGAAAGCCGAGAUCCAGAGCGCUCUCGAGGAGGCGGAGGCAUCCCUGGAACACGAGGAGUCCAAGAUCCUGCGUGUGCAGCUGGAACUGGCCCAGGCCAAAGGGGAAGUGGACAGGAAGCUGGCGGAGAAGGAGGAGGAGAUGGAGCAGUUGAGACGCAGCAGCCAGAGGCUGGUGGAGACCUUGCAGGGCGCCCUGGACGCCGAGGUCAGGGGCAGGAACGACGCCCUCAGGGUCAAGCGUAAGAUGGAGGCCGACCUCAACGAGAUGGAGGUCCAGCUGGGACAUGCCAACCGGCAGGCCGCUGAGGCCCAGAAACAGCUGAGGAACGUCCAGGCACAGCUGAAGGAUGUGACCGUUCACCUGGAUGACGCGCUGCGCAGCCAGGAGGACCUGAAGGAGCAGGCGGCCAUGGCGGAGCGCAGGAGCGCCCUGAUGCAGGCGGAGGUGGAGGAGCUGAGGGCGGCUCUGGAGCAGACGGAGAGGAGCCGCAAGAUGGCCGAACAGGAGCUGGUGGACGCCUGCGAGAGGGUGGGACUGCUGCACUCCCAGAGUACAAGCCUGAUGAACGCCAAGAAGAAGCUGGAAGCGGAUGUGAGCCAUCUCCAGGCUGAGGUGGAGGACGCUGUUCAGGAGGCCAGGAACACUGAGGAGAAAGCCAAGAAAGCCAUCACAGAUGCGGCCAUGAUGGCAGAGGAGCUGAAGAAGGAGCAGGACACCAGCGGUCACCUGGAGAGGAUGAAGAAGAACCUGGAGGCCUCCGUCAAGGACCUGCAGAACCGCCUGGACGAGGCCGAGAACCUGGCUCUGAAGGGGGGCAAGAAGCAGCUCCAGAAAAUGGAGACCAGAGUGCGUGAGCUGGAGGGAGAGCUAGAAGGUGAACAGAGGAGAGGUGCUGAAGCCGUCAAAGGGUUGAGGAAAUACGAGAGGAGAGUCAAAGAGCUCAUCUACCAGGCCGAGGAGGACAAGAAGAACGUGCUCAGACUGCAGGACCUGGUGGACAAGCUGCAGGUGAAAGUGAAGGCCUACAAACGCCAGGCGGAGGAAGCUGGGGAGCAGGCCAACGCCCACCUGGCCAAGCUGAGGAAGGUGCAGCACGAGCUGGAGGAGGCGGAGGAGCGGGCGGACAUCGCCGAGUCCCAGGUCAACAAGCUGAGAGCCAAGAGCAGGGACUUGGGGUCAAAGAGCAAAGAGGAGUGAAAGCAAGACAACAUGUCUACUUUAUAAGAGAAGACUCCUAUUAAAUAUGAGCUUUGAAUGUGUUCUUUGUCAUGUACGAUAACGAUAGGCUGUAUACCUGGGAUAUCAAUGGAUAUUUCCAGUAGAGAUAUAACAUGAUUUGCUUAUUUAAAAUAAAUAU